GGAUCCCAGCCUGGAGGGUGAGAGGGAAGGAGGGAGAGAGUCAGUAUUCCAACUCGGACAGUUAGAGGGAAAGGUGAGAUCCGGUAGAUCAGCAUCCCAGCCUGGAAGGUGAGAAGGAGGAAAAGAUAGUUGUAGAAUCCCAGCCUGGAAGGGGGAUAUCCGUUAUCCCGGCCUGGAAGGUGAAAGGGGAGGGAAAGAUAGCUGAAGAAUCCCAACCUGGAAGGUGAAGGGGAGAGAAUGAUAGCUGUACAAUCGCAACCCGGAAGAGAAAUAAGUGAUGAGAGGCGAGAAGGAGCCAGGAGCCUGGAGAGACUCUCUAGCCGUGUCCCCUGAGCAGAGCAGGGCCCAAGUUGUUAAAAAGGCAGCGCUCCAGUCCCUCAGCAGCAGCAGCAGCAGCAGCAGCAGCAGCCAGACCCAGCUCCAGAGCAAGGACCUCGGCACCAGGUACUUACUCCAGCUGCCCGGCCACUGAGAUGCCUCAUUUAAGCAGAACGUACGGGCGUGUGGAAUGAAGAAGGACCCAAAGUCUGACCGGAAAGCUCACCAGGUGACAGCCCAGAAAUCGGUUCGCCCUAGUAAUAAUUAAUCUCACCUGAACGGCUUGCCGGUCCCUCAGAGAAUGGGACGUGAGCAAAAGGCACCGGAGUUGGGAUGCUAGAAUCGGAUCCAGUGAUUCGAGAUCGAAGAUAAGUACUCCGUGUACUUGUGUUCUAUUGUUCUCUUGUGUUCGGUCGCACUCUCUCCAAGUACGGCGCCCUGCGUACACUCAACGUGUAACGAUGCCCCCCGGCAGCCGAGGAGAACCGUGAAGAGCCCAACCCGGGUGUGACCUCCCCUCUCGCUUCCGGACGGCGGCCCGGACGGCGGGGCAGAGCCCUCGAGGGCGGCCCGCCCGUGAGACAUGGGCCUGGGCCAGGAGGGCCCGGAUGGGGGGUCGACCCCCCGGGCCCCGACUCCCACGGCGGCGGCCCCCGCCGGGUCCUCCUCCCGCUUCUCGCCCGUGGACUACGCGGUGUUCAUACUGCUGCUGGUGCUGUCCGUCCUGAUCGGGCUGUUCCACGCGGUGCGUGGCGGGGGCCAGCGCACCAUCCGCCAGUUCCUGAUGGCGGACCGGAGCAUGGGCUGCCUGCCCGUGGCCUUCUCCCUGCUCGCCACCUUCCAGUCGGCGGUGGCCCUCCUGGGGGUUCCCGCCGAGGUCUACCUGUCUGGCACGCAGUACUGGUUCUUGGGCUGUUCCUACGUGUUGGGGCUGCUGCUUCCAGCCCACGUCUUCAUCCCCGUCUUCUACCGCCUGCAUCUCUCCAGUGCUUAUGAGUACUUAGAGCUGCGCUUCAAUAAGGCCGUGCGGGUGUGCGGGACCCUGACUUUCAUCUUCCAGAUGGUGAUAUACAUGGGCGUUGUACUGUAUGCUCCCGCCUUGGCACUCAAUGCAGUGACAGGCUUUCAUCUGUGGGGUUCAGUGCUGGCCCUAGGCGUGGUCUGUACCUUCUACACCACCCUGGGCGGGCUGAAGGCCGUCAUCUGGACGGAUGUGUUCCAGGCGUUGGUCAUGUUCCUGGGGCAAGUGACCGUCAUUGCCGUGGGCGCCGCCAAGGUGGGCGGGCUGGGGCGUGUGUGGAAUGUGGCCGCCCAGCAUGGCCGGAUUUCUGGGAUCGAGCUGGACCCGGACCCGUUUGUGCGCCACACCUUCUGGACGCUGGCUUUCGGAGGGGUCUUUAUGAUGCUCUCCCUGUACGGAGUGAACCAGGCCCAGGUGCAGCGUUACCUCAGUUCCCGGACGGAAAGGGCAGCAGUGCUCUCCUGCUACGCGGUGUUCCCCUUUCAGCAGGUGGCCCUCUGCCUCGGCUGCCUCAUCGGCCUGGUCAUGUUCACCUAUUACCAGGAAUACCCCCAGCCUCCCCACCAGGCCCAAGCUUCCUCCGACCAGAUGGUUCUCUACUUUGUGAUGGACAUCCUGGGCGGGCUGCCGGGCCUACCCGGUCUCUUCGUGGCCUGCCUCUUCAGCGGCUCCCUCAGCACCAUCUCCUCAGCUUUUAACUCCUUGGCCACUGUGACAAUGGAAGAUCUGAUCCGGCCCUACUUCCCCAGGUUCUCCGAGGCCCAGGCUACCAAACUCUCGAAACUCCUUGCCUUUGGCUAUGGUCUGCUUUGCCUGGGAAUGGCCUAUAUCUCUUCUAAGAUGGGCCCCGUGCUGCAGGCAGCCAUAAGCAUCUUCGGAAUGGUCGGGGGGCCGCUGCUUGGACUGUUCUGCCUUGGCAUGUUCUUCCCUUGUGCCAACCCAGCCGGUGCGAUAGUAGGCCUCGUGGCUGGCCUCCUCAUGGCUUUCUGGGUUGGCGUCGGGAGCCUGAUGAGCAACGUGAAUGCCGGGAUGGCCCUCUCUCCACCCAACGGGACUAGCUUCCCUCUGCCCGGCAACCUGACCGCCGCUGCCAUGACGACCGUGCUGGCCUCAACAACCGUCACGCCCAAGCCCACGGGGCUGCGCCGGUUUUACUCUCUGUCCUACCUGUGGUAUAGUGCCCACAACUCCACUACCGUCAUCAUCGUGGGGCUGCUGGUCAGCCUGCUCACAGGUGGGAUGCGAGGCCGAGACCUGAACCCUCACACCCUCUACCCGGUGCUGCCGCGCCUCCUCGCCCUUCUGCCGUACUCUUGCCGGAAACGUCUGCCCUGCCGGGAUCGCAGCCAGGAGCUCCCCUGUGGCCCCGACCGCUGCCUGACCCCUGGGAAGAUGAGUAAUGGUGGACUGCAUGCCUUUGGGGAGGACAAGGUGGGAACGGGGUUCCAGCGGGACUCCGCUCACCAGGCUGCCAGUCCUACCUUCGUGCUUCAGGAGACAUCACUGUGACCCCGGGGGACGGAGAUCCUCCAGCAAGCCCUCCUUCCUAGGGCCAGGAGUGCCCGACAGUAGCCGCCUCCGCGUCCUCGGGGGCCGCGCCCUUCGGUGGGGGCUGCACCGGCUGGAAGCCCUUUCCCUCUAGGCUCCUCCUUUCCCUCCCCUUCCGUCUUCGACGAGGGAGCAGGCCUGGCUGGGGCCUUGGACUGAGGAAGAGGGUGGGAGAGGAGGCGGAGGAGGAGGGCAGAACCACUCUCUCCAUCAUACCCAGCCUCCUAGGAAGGGCUGCUCCUCGCUGACGAGACUAAGCCGGUCGGGCGUGAUCCAGCGGCCCCGCCGCCUUCGGUCCGUCCCGGGUCCGUUUCUGCCGGCCAGGCCCUCCUCCUCCGCCCCCACAGCAGACCAGCUGGGUCCUUUCCACUCUCUUCUCCCUCUUCCCCCUUCGUCCCCCCACAACUCCAGGUGAGAGGGCCUAACGAGCUGCCUCACCCUGCCCAUCCCCUGAUGCAGAGGCAAAGCCACGGUCCAGGAGAGCCUCUUCCCCCAACAGGUGACCCGAGUCCUUCACUCCCUCUGCUGCUAACUGACAUGAAGGGAGGAUGGAGGCAGUAGACUGACCUCAGGUCUUCACUCCUGCUGCUGCUGCUGCUGCUGUUGUGGUUACCGCCGCUAAAAGACCCACCGGGAGCAGGGGGACGGGGAGCGAGGUGCAAGGGGGUGACCCAGCCCGGGGGUGCCGUCCGGCCGGCCAGAGCCCCGGGACCCGAGCCGCUCAGUGGUCUCACCCCUCUGAUCCCGUCCGUAUCGGGCCGGGCCGCCUCGGUUCCAUUUUGCCACGCCCUGUUUCUUUCUCCUAGGAAUCCUUUGUCCAGAUAAAUAAAAUGGUCAUUCCAGCUGGA